AGAAACCCUAGCAAGAUUCUUAUAUUUAAACAUAAAAAUUUUCGACAGCUCCGUCCUUUUGCUCAUCUUCUGCAUUUACCGCCGCUUCAUCUUCUCCCCAGCUCCCCAGCUCCGGCCAGGCCGUACAGUUUAAGUAAAAAAAAGUGUGGUGAAAGAUGGGUCGUGUUCGUACCAAAACCGUGAAGAAAUCAUCACGUCAGGUGAUAGAGAAGUACUACUCAAGGAUGACACUAGACUUCCACACGAACAAGAAGAUCUUGGAGGAAGUCGCGAUCAUCCCGUCGAAAAGACUACGGAACAAGAUCGCUGGAUUCUCCACACACUUGAUGAAACGUAUCCAAAAGGGUCCAGUCCGCGGGAUCUCGCUCAAGCUGCAAGAGGAGGAGCGCGAACGGAGAAUGGACUUUGUCCCCGACGAGUCGGCGAUUAAAACGGAUGACGUUAAGGUGGAUAAAGAGACGCUAGAGAUGCUUGCUUCAUUGGGGAUGUCUGAUGUUUCCGGGUUUUCUCAAGUGGAGACACAAGCAGCCGUGGUACCGAGCAAUACGUUUGGCCGUGGUGGAAGAAGAUUCUAAAGGCAUUUUUUUGAAUCUAACAAAUGAGUUUUGUUUUGUUUUUUGGAGUGUUUAUGGAUUAAUUCAACGUUGUUUCCAUGGAUUCGAGAUUAAAAAUUUACGAGCUCUCACUUUGUUUUAAUAUAUCGAAUUAAAUCA